AAACAAAAAAAAAAGGACAAAGAGAAGAAGUGAAGAAAGAAAGUGAGGAGUGAAGCAUGGCAUCUUCAAAUUCACCAUGCGCAGCAUGCAAAUUUCUUCGAAGAAAAUGCCAACCAGAGUGCGCUUUUGCACCAUACUUCCCACCAGAUCAGCCUCAGAAGUUCGCGAAUGUUCAUAGAAUCUUCGGUGCAAGCAAUGUUACAAAGCUUCUCAACGAUUUACACCCUCACCAGCGCGAAGACGCCGUGAAUUCCCUCGCGUACGAGGCGGAGAUGCGCCUUCGCGACCCAGUCUAUGGUUGCGUCGGCGUCAUCUCCCUCCUCCAGCACCAGCUCCGGCAGCUCCAGGUGGAUCUUUACUGCGCUAAAUCGGAGCUAUCUAGGUACCAAAAUUUGAGUAUCAACACCAACCACGCCUUCGUUGGUAGUGAAUCUGGUGCCGUGGGAUACCAGCAUCAGCAGAAUAAUAAUUCUGGUUCUGCUGGUGUUGGAACCCGCGACAACAGCAAUUACUACCAACACCAUCACCAUCACCACCACCAUCAAUUCUUUCCGCAACAACAGAUGGUAAGAAGUUUUGAUGGAGGGAGCAAUUAUGAUGCUAGUCUCUUGGCUAUGAACAUCUCCGCUAGCUUAGGGCAGCUCAAUCAGCUUCCGGCUGGCGGCGGUGACGACCGCCGCACCGUCAACAACCCUUCCUAGGGUUUCAUAUAUGAUAUGAUAUGAUAUUACAUAAUUAAUGAAAUAGGAGUGUUGACAUUACUUGCCGGAGGAAAAGAAUCGAAUCUGCAAUCACCAUUUUUUGAUGGACACUGAAGUCAAGAUUAUUAGACUUCCAUCAAAUCUCGCA